AUGGAUCGGGAGUGCCCUGUGCUGCUGCCCUCAGCAUUCAGCAACCUCUCCGUCCACCCCCCUUCGAAUGAGGACAAGGCGGCUCGGGCCCAAGCGGAGGCCCUCCACAUUGGGGAUGUACACUUUUCUGUGAAGCCUGGUUCCAGCACCUCCUCUCCCAAGCUUCACUCCAGCGCUGCAGUGCACCGGCUCAAGAAAGAUAUCCGUCGAUGCCACCGCAUGUCCCGGCGCCCCCUGCCCCGUCCAGACCCCCAGAAUGGUGGGAGCGUGGGUGGCGGGGCUGGCAUCCGUCCUCCCGUCUCGCCCUUCUCGGAGACCGUCCGCAUCAUCAACCGUAAGGUGAAACCCCGCGAGCCCAAGCGCAGCCGCAUCAUCCUCAACCUCAAAGUCAUUGACAAAGGUGGGAAGCCAGCCAACGGGACCGGGGGCCUGGCUCGGCCCAAGAUCCCGUCCCGAAACCGUGUCAUUGGCAAGAGCAAAAAGUUCAGUGAGAGCGUCCUCCGCACCCAGAUCCGUCACAUGAAGUUUGGCGCCUUUUCGCUCUACAAUAAGCCGUCCGCUGCACCUGCCCCCUCUCUGGAGGGCAAAGGGGAGGCCGAAGGCUCCCAGGCAGCCUCCUGUGGGCUCAUUAUGGGCUCCACCCCCUAUGAUGCCCCCAGCUCCAGCUCCUCCGGCUGCCCGUCGCCCGCCCCCCACUCCUCCUCCGACCCAGAUGAUUCCCCUCCGAAGCUGCUCCCUGAGACCCUCAGCCCAGCCAUCCCCGACUGGCGCGAGUCGGAGGUCCUCGACCUCUCGAUCCCACCUGAGUCGGCUGCCACCAGCAAGCGUUCUCCCCCAGGAGGGUGCAGCGGGGGGCAGACACCCUCCUUGUCCCUCUCCUCUUCUGACCCGGAGCAGGAGGCCGGCGACUGGCGUCCUGAGAUGUCCCCUUGCUCCAACGUGGUGGUCACGGAUGUCACCAGCAACCUCCUCACCGUCACCAUCAAGGAGUUCUGCAACGCGGAGGAUUUUGAGAAGGUGGCGGCGGGCGGUGGUGGAGGAGGCAGCAAGUGAGCAGCCAGGUCCCCCUGCUCCAGGGGCGUGGGGGGAGCUCUACCUGCGAGAAGUCGUGGUGCGAAUGGCUGUCCUUAGUUCUCUCCUUCUCCCCUUGGCUGUCCCUCUGCCCUCACUGCCACCCUUCCUCCUCCUUUCCCCCUGCCCACUCCCUCUUGCCUGGAGGCUGGAGUGUGUCAGUGGGGGGGAGCGGGGG